CAGGCCACGAACAGGCCCUGCCUGCUUGUCCCUGCUGUUGCCGAGGGCUCAGUGCCAACUCCUGAGAGCUGCCCAGCGCCCCGCAGCCGGGUCCUGCCGAGGGCAUGGCACAGGCACCCUCCACGCUGGAGAGCGGGGCCCUGGCAUCUGCGCCCUGGGGUCCCAGGAAGGGCAGCCCAGCAGACAGGACAGAGAAGGCCGCAGCGAUGCCCGACUCCCCAGCUGAGGUGAAGACGCAGCCCCGGGCCACACCUCCCAGCAUGCCGCCCCCGCCCCCCGCUGCGUCCCAGGGGGCCGCGCGCCCGCCCUCCUUCACGCCGCACACACAUGGCGAGGACGGCCCUGCGACGUCUCUGCCCCACAGCCGUUUCCACGGCUGCUUAAAGUGGUCCAUGGUCUGUCUCUUGAUGAACGGCGGCAGCCACUCGCCAACAGCCGUGCAUGGUGCCCCGUCCACACCCAACGGCUUCAGCAACGGCCCGGCCACGUCGUGCUCAGCUGCGCUGUCCACGCAGCACCUGCCCCCGGCCUGUGGGGCCCGGCAGCUCAGCAAGCUGAAGCGCUUCCUCAGCACCCUGCAGCAGUUCGGCAGCGACAUCUCGCCCGAGAUCGGGGAGCGCGUGCGCAUGCUGGUGCUGGGGCUGGUGAACUCGACACUGACGAUCGAAGAGUUCCACGCCAAGCUGCAGGAGGCCACCAAUUUCCCUCUGCGGCCAUUCGUCAUCCCCUUCCUGAAGGCCAACUUGCCCUUGCUGCAGCGCGAGCUGCUGCACUGCGCCCGCCUGGCCAAGCAGACACCCGCCCAGUACCUGGCCCAGCAUGAGCAGACACUGCUGGAUGCCAGCACCACCUCCCCCGGCGACUCCUCCGAGCUCCUGUUAGAGGUGAACGAGAAUGGCAAGAGGCGGACGCCUGACAGGACCAAAGAGAAUGGGUCAGACGGUGACCCGCCGCACCUGGACCACCUCAGCAAACGGCCGUGCACCCUGAGCCCCGCCCAGCGCUGCAGCCCCAGCAACGGGCUGCCACACCCCAUGCCGCCACCACACUACCGCCUGGAGGACAUGGCCAUGGCCCACCACUUCCGCGACCCCUACCGACCCCCCGAGCCCCGGGAGCUGCGGGAGCGCCAUCGGCAGCUGGCAGUGCCUGGGGCCCGGCAGGAAGAAGUGAUUGACCACAGGCUCACAGAGCGAGAGUGGGCGGAAGAGUGGAAACACCUCAACAGUCUCCUGAACUGCAUUAUGGACAUGGUGGAGAAGACUCGGCGCUCACUCACGGUGCUGCGCCGAUGCCAGGAGACAGACCGCGAGGAGCUCAACCACUGGAUCCGGCGCUACAGCGACGCCGAGGACCUGAAGAAGGGCCCUGGUCCCACCCGGCCCCUCAGCAGCUCUGCUGGCCUCGAGAGCUCUCAGCUUGACUUGCACCGUGAGCUCACACCCAGGGCGCUGUCCGGCUACAUGCCUGAGGAGAUCUGGAGGAAGGCCGAGGAGGCCGUGAACGAGGUGAAGCGUCAGGCGAUGUCGGAGCUGCAGAAAGCCGUGUCAGACGCAGAGCGCAAAGCCCAUGAGCUCAUCACCACAGAGCGUGCCAAGAUGGAGCGGGCCCUGGCCGAGGCCAAGCGCCAGGCCUCUGAGGACGCCCUGACUGUCGUAAACCAGCAGGAGGACUCCAGCGAGAGCUGCUGGAACUGCGGGCGCAAGGCCAGCGAGACGUGCAGUGGCUGCAAUGCUGCACGCUACUGCGGCUCCUUCUGCCAGCACAAGGACUGGGAGAAGCACCACCAUGUGUGCGGCCAGAGCCUGCAGGGCCCUGCUGCUGCAGUGCCCGACACGCUGCCUGGGCAGCCUGAUGCCACUGCCAGCCCCAGCGAGGCCAGCUCUGCCGGGCCCUCCCGCCCGGGCUCCCCUGGCCCACCCGGCCCGCUGGAUGCUGCCGUGCCCCGCUGACCCCUCCAGACCCCAACACCUGGCCCAUGGGUGCCACGCCCCACUGAGCCCCGGCCCGGCCUGGCCACUGGAUGCUGUGCCCACCUGGCCGGCCGGCAGGAACCACUGCUGCUACUACUUCUGUCCAAAAGCAACAUAGAACCAACCGGAGCUGUGCUGCAGCCUCCUCAACUACCUGACCCGAGCAUCCACCACGACCUGACAACCUCCUCCGGGCACCCUCCCCAGCCAGGGAUCCAGCACAGCGGCGCUGGCGGAGCGUGCCUGGCUCGCCCACUGUCUGUCCCGUCUUGUCUGUCUGUCUGUGUCUGUCUCCACUGUCUCUUGUCUUUGUUCUGUCUUUAUGACUUCCACACACUUUCCCUAUUGUGAAGAGCCCCUAACUGGUAGCUUGUAUUUUCAGUGAAGAAUUGGGGGGGGGGGGUUCAUUUUGUUGGCAAAAGAGCUACUCAGAAAUGGACAAAGAUGACCGUGGAGUUCUCCCCCUUCCUUAUUAAAAGGGGGGGAAACUGAUUUUCUAUCCGGAAACCUGAGCUCACUGUGUCACCCAGGCUACCUGGCAGAUGCAGCUGACACAGUGAGGAGGAUUUCAGUGUCCGGCUCAAGCAUUUUUGGAUUCAGGUUAUUGUGGUGUUUUGUUUUUUGUUUUUUUUUAAUGUCAAACUCUUUGGCUUUAAGUAAAAAUCCAAAAAGGUUUUUUUAAAAAGCAAAGGAAGCAUACCUGUAAACUACCUUGCUAGCUAGCCAGCCAAGGAUACCGGACACACCUCUGCUCCAAAGGAAACCCAAAAAGCAAACACGAGAAAUCAAAAUCCAAAAUGCUCUUCCACUGCCAAAGUAUUCCUUUCACUGUUUCAGCCCAGCCUGGGUUCGUCUGAAUGCUGGUCUUUUUGUUUUGGUUUUGAUUUUCCGGGGUGUUGGGAUUCUGGGGUUCGGGUUGGGCCCAGUCAGAAGCGACCCCGAGUUUCCUCUGCAGCUCUGCAGCCUCCCAGGGCAGACAGGAGCGGCAAGGCCCCUGCGCCCACGGUCAGCGCACAUCUCCUGCGUUCAGGGAGACGCGGUCUGCCCUCAUGCCCCGUGGCUGUCCGUACUUCAUUUCUCCAUUCGUGAAGAAAAAAGUGCUGAAGUGUUCUCCCCAGAGAGCACAACUCCAGAACAAAACUGACAAUCUUUUGGGUUGAUUCCUGGCUGUUUUCAAAGCACGAGCAGAUGGCGGCGACUGCUCCUGGAACCCUGCCCUCCGUUCUCUACCUCUCGGCUCCCACCGGUCACCACGCAGGCCCCAGGCCUGCUUUCUUCACACUUUGCAGAAAAAGGCGCACACACGAAAGCAGCCACUCUCCCUCCCCCUGAAGACUCAUGCUCAGCUGUAUAUAGCCCCACAUCCACCGUCAGUCCACCCAGCUGUUCACCCCUGGGGGCAGGACGCUCCCCACCAGCUCUCCCGCCUCCCACGCCAUGUGACACCCUCAGCAACUCGAGGAGAGGGAGAUCCGGCACCAAGGACUGAGCAGACCCACUCCCCAUGCACGGCGGAGGCACGAAAGACUCGAGUGCAGUAGGGCUUGCGGCCCUGUGCAAGAGGCUCGUGCACGCCAAUGUGAAUGUACAUAGUCUGCAGAGGUCCAAAUAACGGUGUUCACGGGGGUGGUAAGAGAUGUUUGCCAAAUAAAGAGAGGGGAAACCACAGACGUA